AUGUAUACGUUUGAGGCCUUUGGGAUUGGAAUGAAAAUUAGGGAAAUGUCUACUUCCAGGGGUGUGAAUAUGAGUGUGAGAACGGUGACUGUGCACAUGAAGGAAAAAUAUUAUUGGGGCAAUAUUGAUCGUAUAAACAUGCUAUUGAUGAUCUCUCUUGUGUUGCACCCGAGUUACAAAUUAAAAUUCAUGAAUUGGCUUAUUGCUGAAAUUUUUUAUGGUGAAUGGGGUGAAUUGACUUGUAAGUUGAGGGAUAAAGUGGAAUCUAGCUUGAGAUCACUUUUUGAGGAGUAUAGUAGUGAUGGUGAUGAGUUUGAAGUUAGCUCACAUGAAGCUCGAGCUCAACCUAGUGAAAAGGUUGAGAAUGAUCCUUAUGGCUAUAGUUGA